AAGCUUUAACAUUAAAAAUAAAAGAAAUAAUAAAAUAACUAUUUAAUACUCAAAAUGCUAAAUGUAAUUUAUGCGUAUCAAAACAACUAAACUAGUUCUCAAAAUGCGCAAGAAGGAUCUUAAGAUGCAGGGCUAUUUUUCAUUCAUUAAGAGCCAGAGCAAUAAUCAUCUGAAAAUUAUUAUGAGUUGAACAUAAAUAAUUAAUCUCCGUAUGUAGUAAAUAAUAAUAGUUACUAAUAUAUAAAACUAUAACAAUAUUCAACGACCUAUAAUGACCACACAGUAGAUGAUAAAAUUUAAUGUUUUACCUCUACCAAUAAUUUAGGCUAUAUAUAGAACGAAUAACUAAUUUAAAAUUAGGUAAAUACUUAGUUGGAUGGGUAGCAUAUUAAUUGGAGCUUCAACAAUCUUGCUAAUGAGUUUCCUUUAGAAGAUAACUAUUUUGAUUAAUUUUUGAAUAAUCAAGAAAUUGGAUAGUAAUAAUUAAUUCCCAAUUUGCUCUAAUAAGGCUAUUAAUAAGAAGACUAAUACUAAUAUAAGUCGUUUGAUCAUAAAAAUGUUUAAUAGUGCUAAUUAGAUUAUCAAUAAAUUAAUUAGUACUACUUUGAUUAAGGUAAUCAAUUAACUUCCAAAGAAGGUAGCUAUUUACCUAGCUAAUAAUAUGCUUAAUAAGCUCUGUUUUCAAAUAGAAUAUUAUCAUCAAAUAAAUUAGAUGAUACUGUGAAAGACAAUAUAGGAUAUAAUUAAUAAAAUGUAGACAUCAUUAAUCACAAUUUUUAAGUUAGAGGGAGCGAAUAAAAUAUUGUGAGCUAAGAGGUUAAAAUUUUAAAUUUAGUGAAUUACUGCCAAAAUAAUACGAAAUCUUAAAUUGAAAUAAUUAACAAUUAAUAAAUUAACGAGUGUCAUCAUAAUUUAGAAACUUCACCCCAAAAUAAUAAUUCAAUUGUUUCUGAGAGUUAUCAAUAAUAAUAUAACUAUAUCAACAAUAGCAUUGAUAAAAAGAAUGUGGUAAAAAACAUCAUGAAUUAAUUUAAAAGUUUUGUUUUAAUAAACAAAGAGUGUUAUUCAGAAAUUGAUUAAACUAAGAAAGGUUUCUAAAAGAAUUUAAAAUCGCUGUUUUCCUUAGAAGAAAUAACGUCUAAAAAUGAGUAGAUAGUCUCAAUCUAUAACUAAUUUAAAUAAAAACAAGAAACCCUCUAACAAAUCUAAAAGAAAUUUGAAAGAUAUAUCAAAUCAAAAUCAUUUAACAAUUACAGUCUUAUCUUACUUAUUCAGCAUCACUUAUACAAAUUCAUUUUCAAAUACUUUUUAAACAACUAUGCUAAACUAUGGCUUGAAAGAAGUAAGAUCAAUAAUAUUGACAGCCAUAUUUAAAUCAUAGACUUUCUACUUGAUAGCUUUUCAAACCCAGAAAUUUUAUCUAUUUUAAAAAAGCACGAUAAAAAAAAGUCAGUGUACAGCUGA